UUCUUGCACCCUUGUUCAAGAAAUGAAACAGGUCGGGCAAGGCAAGCCAACGUAGCUGCCGCGACUAUAUAAGCGACGGGUCGUGCUGCCAUCAGACUCACUCAUCACUUCGCCGGCGAGAGCAGCGACGACGGCUUGCCAAUAAUCAGCAGCUGGAGAUACAAAUUAGCAGCAGAAACCAAUACAUGACAAGCUAGCUUAGCUAUCAGUCAGUGGCUCGGCGGUGCCAUUUGCUUGAUUGGAAGCUAGGCCCGAUCAUCGCCCUGUGUGUUUGAGCGAGCUGAGCUAGCUAUAGCCACGCCAGUAGAUGGGGUGCUUGCUGCGGCGGCUGAUCCCGUUUCUGAUGGGCACGGCGGUGGGCGCGUACGUGGCGCAGAACUACAAGGUCCCCAACCUCCGCAGCCUCGCCGACCGCGGCCUCCAGGACGCCAGGCGCUACGAGGAGGCCUACCGCAGGAAGCAGCCCUCUGCCGCCGCCGACGCUGGCGCUGGGACCAGCAGCAGGAAGAAGACCGUGCUGCUGGACAUAGACGACGACGAAGAGUAGCUGCCUACUAGACCUGAGCAUGGGCCGGGCCUAAGAAAAGCCGGAUUGCUUUGGGCCUAAAACGGUUGCCCAGGCCCAGCCCAGAAAUCCCAUCGGACAGAAAAAUGGGCCAUGAUCGGGUCGGGCCGGGCUGCCCAUGUUUUUUACAUGAGGAAAUAAUUUAUUUUAAUGUUUUGGGUUGCACGCUUAGGCCGAGCCUGAUUUUUUCGGGUCAGAAACUUGCUGCCCAAGCCUGCCCAUUACAGCCAACAAGCUUAUUUGGGCGGGCAAAAAUUGGUCUGGGCUCGGGCUUUUUUGGGCCAGGCUUUUUAUGCUCAGGUCUACUGCCUACAUGCAUGAUUACAGUUAAGCACCCGUCAGUGUGUGACAGUGCAUCGUUCCAGUGUUGUGCUAGUGUUGUGGACUUCUGUUAUGAACUAUUGGAAAUGUUUGUGUUCAACGUGAAUUUGAGAAUUUCU